GAAAUGCACAAUUUAUAUGGAGUUCAAACUUUCUUCCUGUGUUUGGAAGACAGCACUGGAGCUUCCUUUGGUGUUUUCCUAAUGAACAGCAAUGCCAUGGAGUUUGUGGUGCAGCCUGCUCCAGCAGUGACCUACAGAACCAUUGGUGGGAUCCUUGAUUUCUACAUCCUCUUGGGGAACACUCCAGAACAAGUAGUCCAGGAGUACCUGCAGCUCGUGGGAAUGCCACCCUUGCCCUCCUACUGGAGCCUGGGCUUCCAGCUCAGCCGCUGGAAUUACGGCUCUCUGGAGGAGGUGAAGAGAGUUGUGGAGAGGAACAGGGCGAUUGGACUCCCUUAUGACGCUCAGGUCACUGAUAUUGACUAUAUGGAGGAAAAGAAAGAUUUUACUUAUGACAAAGUGAAGUUUCGAGAUCUCCCUAAUUUUGCAGCCUACAUGCAUGAGCGUGGACAAAAAUACAUUAUCAUAUUGGAUCCUGCUAUUAGCACACAAAAUCUAGUUGAUGGUAGUCCAUAUGGAAGCUAUGUCAGGGGAGAGAGCAAAAAAGUCUGGGUUAAUGAAUCAGAUGGAGUAACAGCAUUACUUGGGGAGGUGUGGCCAGGGGAAACCGUGUUCCCAGACUUCACCAACCCAGAAUGCCAUAGCUGGUGGGUGGAAGAAUGUAAACUAUUUUAUAGCAAAGUGCCAUAUGAUGGGAUCUGGAUUGAUAUGAAUGAAGUGUCCAACUUCAUUAAAGGCUCAAAAAAAGGCUGUGCUCAGAAUGACUUAAACUACCCUCCCUUCACACCCAAUAUUCUUGAGAAGCUCAUGUUUUCCAAGACAGUUUGUAUGGAUGCAGUUCAGAAGUGGGGGAAACACUAUGAUGUCCACAAUCUUUAUGGAUAUUCCAUGGCCAUAUCAACACGGAAAGCCAUUGAAGUUCUGUUUCCUGGAAAAAGAAGCUUCCUUAUUUCGAGGUCUACUUUUGUGGGAUCAGGAAAACACACAGGACACUGGCUGGGAGAUAAUGCAGCAACAUGGGAACAUUUAAAAUGGGCAAUACCUGGAAUGCUGGAAUUUAACCUCUUUGGAUUUCCUUAUAUUGGAGCAGAUAUUUGUGGCUUCUUUGACAACACUACAGAAGAACUUUGCAGGCGAUGGAUGCAAGUAGGAGCAUUUUACCCAUUUUCCAGAAAUCACAAUGCUGAAGGGUUCAUGUCUCAGGAUCCGGCUGCGUUUGGACCUGAUUCAGUCUUGGUGAACACCUCCAAGCAUUACUUGAAUAUUCGCUACACUUUGCUGCCAUACUUGUAUACACUCUUUUAUAAAGCUCAUACUCAAGGAGGCACAGUUGUCCGGCCAGUUUUGCAUGAGUUCUACUCUGAUGAAGUGACGUGGAGCAUUGACAGGCAGUUCCUGUGGGGUCCUGGGCUGCUUAUCUCCCCAGUACUUGACCCGGGUGUGGACAGAAUCCAAGCAUAUAUCCCUGAUGCAGUAUGGUAUGAGUAUGAUACAGGAGCAAAAAUCUCGGUGAGAAAACAAUGGACCAAUAUGUACCUGCCAGCAGACAAAAUGGGACUCCAUUUGAGAGGAGGCUACAUCUACCCUACUCAACAGCCAGCCAGCACAACAGUUGCAAGCCGCAAGAAUCCAAUGGGACUUAUAAUUGCCCUGGAUGACAACAGUGCAGCUUCUGGGGACCUCUUCUGGGAUGAUGGAGAAUCUACAGGGACAAUUGAGAGGAAAACCUACAUUUACUACGAGUUUACAGUUUCCAAUAAUGUUCUACAAAUAGCUGCUCUAAACAGCAAUUAUACUGAUCCAAACAACUUGAAAUUUGAAGAAAUCAAGAUAUUGGGAGCAUCGCAGAAAAUAACAGAAGUUAUUGUAUCUCAGCAAAAAGUUGUGGAAAAUCAGCCACUUAAUAUCACCUAUUAUCCUGAAAAAAAGGUUGCUCAUAUAAGAGGAUUUCAGCUUGAACUGGGAAAAUCCUACACAAUACAAAAUCAAUAUCAAGCCCAACCCCCUGAUGGGAAUUACAUCACCACUGGUGCUGUGGAGCAGGCACUGGGGAAGUCUCAGACUGGACUCGAUGGCAGAUGGGAACCAAAUUCAGGAGCUGGAUCCUGGAACACAUGGUUUGGGAUUGAAGGUGGAACAGAGAGAGUCCUUCUUGGAUGCUGGCCAUUGAGGAAGAGGCUUGACCCUCGUGAUCCCUCAGCUUUGAUGUCCAUGGGAUGGAAUCCCUCCUUG